AUGCGGCCCCUAGGGACACGUCUGGCUCAGUCCACUGUAGCUACACGGGCACACGAGUGUCGCCCCUAGUGUUUAACAUUUCACCAAUGGUACACACACAUCUUUCCAGACACGUGUACCGCCUCUGUCCUGGCGAGUUUAAAAAAAAAGGCAUUUUAUUCUCUUUUUAGCAUUCGAUCUAUCCCGUUCAAAGAGUUGUGAUUAAAUAUUGUUUAAAAUUCGGCGUUGAUAUUUUAGUUCAGCAUUCAAAGCGGACUCCGAUUUAUGUUUUUUUUUUUUUUUUUUAGCUUUUAAAGUGUUGGGUGGCAGACUCAAGCCAGGAACUUGUUUUCUAAGAGAUGGAUUAGCGGUUCUAGAAAUGUUUGGAUCCUUUGGUGUUCUUUUUCAGUGGAGAUUUUUCGAUUUGCUAAAUGUUACGCCUUGUAUAAGCAAAGACAUAGUCAUCAGGUAGCACCAGGUGGCACCGGAUCUUUGAGGACUUUAAUCCUGUCCUAGAAGCUUCAUCCAUAGAUCUAUAAAUAAAGUGAAGGUUGACAUUUCCGGGAUAACUGACAACCCUCUUUGUUGUUCUUUCAGCGCAACGUAAUGGUACUAAAAAUAGUCAUACAGAGGAAAGAGAGGUCUUCAGGGCGAGGUGAAGAUUAAGACAUGGACGUAAAGAAAAUGAUCUCCCUUGUCGUCUUGCUGCUGGUCGCUCUACACUGUUGUACAGGUCAUAAUACGGACCAUAUCCACAUACUGCUUCUGGCACCAAGAAACUCGUCCCAAGAAUUCUCAAUGGCCUCCAGUAUUGGUCCGUUUGCGUUGGCCAUUGAAAAUGUAACCAACCUGGGACUACUGCACAACUAUGCAGUCAACAUAACCUGGGAAGAUUCUGCUUGUGAUCCGAAAUACGCCACCGGUAACCUUGUGGCCACCAUGCUGAUUCACAACAUCGAUGUCAUCUUCGGACCACCCUGCACUAAAGCUAUGACCCCGGUGGCAGACUUGGCUUCCUUCUUCGACAUCCCGAUCUACAGCUGGGUGUCCAAUAACUUAGUGGACAAGUCAGUCAAGACGACCUUGAUGAGAGCAAUAGCCCCACUGUCGUCAUUAGGUGACCUGCUGAUAUUCUUCUGCGAAAAGGUCAGGUGGUACCGGGUCAGCAUGAUCUCCACCGUCGGCGAGUUGACCGAAGGGAUGUCGUCCUUCUACAAGGAGGCCAUGGACAGACAGGACAUCACCUUGGUCCGAGAGUUCAAUAGAGUUAAAGUGGCGGUCAACAAGACGCAGAUCGAGAAAAUGUUUAUCACUUUGAAAGCUGAGACUAGAAUUAUAAUCCUAGUGGUGCCAAGGGAUGAAGUCCGCCGUUACCUGAUCGUGGCAGACGAGUUGGAGAUGACCAACGGCGAGUACCAGUUCCUGUACACAGAGCACAGCGUGGCAGACAAAGAGUUUCUGGAGACCCUUCAGAGCACAGACUUCUGGAAGAAAGGAGACGGGGAUGACGAGAAGGCCUUGAAAGGCUUUCACAAUCUGUUAUAUUUUACAUAUCACUAUGUUUUGGAAUGGUCUUUAAACACAAGUGCCUCUAUUGAAGCUGCCAACAGACGCUUUGGUUCGAAUCCAAAGUUUCCAAAGCCUAUAGAGCCUGACAAGUACUCUCGCUUUCUGUACGAUGCUGUCUAUCUGUUUGCGUUGGCCUUCAAUGAAACAUACUGGAACAACUUGUCCUUCACAGGUCAAAACAUUUACAACGCCAGUAAAAAUAAAAUAUUUCAAGGGCAAACUGGCAGAUUUCUAACAAAUAACAAAGCCGACAGACAGUCCAGCUUUUUGAUCUGGGACAUGAAUAAGAAGAACGUAUUUCAACAAGCUGUCAUUACCAGAUAUUCUGUCAAUGGUCAGAUCACGUGGGACAUGAAAGCCCCCAUCCUGUGGGGUAACGGUAAGCAAUAUAAUGAUUCCAACAGUUCCAGUGACUUCAUUCCACUAGACAGUCCACGCUGUGGUUUUAACAGUGAGCUGUGCGUUCCAGACAAUUUAGUUGAGGUUGUAGCUCCUCCUAUCGUCGUCUCAAUCAUGUUGGCUGCUAUUAUCAUAUUUCUCAUCAUAUAUAGGUGGUGGAAGAAAGAGAGAGAACUGUACGAGACGAUGUGGAAAGUCAAGUAUACAGAUUUAAACUUCAAUAUUGCCAGAGGUCCCAUAUCUCAAACGGCUAUAUCAACUCUGGGCAGCAAGCAAUCUCUUAAUGAGUCCGACAACAGGUCCGAAUAUUCCACCGGAAACGUUUCCGGCUAUUCCAACAUGAGGACAGACAAUAUGCUCAUGAUAAGCCAAAUGUUCACAUUGGUAGCUAGACUGAAUGGUGACCAGGUGGCUGUCAAGAAAGUCAGAAAAAAAUCUAUUAGGGAGGACAAACUGUUACUUAAAGAAAUGAAAAUAAUGAAAUCUUUAAAACAUACCAAUCUGGCAACAUUCCAUGGUGCCUGUACAGAAGCCCCUAAUAUUUGUGUGUUAUGGGAAUAUUGCAGCAAAGGAAGUUUAGAAGAUAUUUUACACAACACAGAUAUCAAACUGGAGUCAAUGUUUCAAUUCUCUAUAGCACUAGAUAUAUGCACGGGUUUAAAUUAUCUCCACACAAGUGAGCUGGGACAGCAUGGCCAUCUGAAAACAUCCAACUGUGUGGUAGAUAGCAGAUGGGUAGCCAAACUUACUGACUUUGGCCUGCAGAGGUUUAAAAAGGGAGAAAAGCCAGCAGAAGACACAAGUAAUGAUAAAUAUUAUACAGAUCUGUUUUGGACUGCUCCAGAAGUUCUGAGAUGCAUAUUAAACAACAUGAAACAUCUUGAAACCAAAGAGGCAGAUAUUUACUCUCUUGGCAUUGUCCUGAAACAGCUGUUAUGUAAAAACACAGCCUACAGUGAGGAGCUGAACACAAUGACUGCUAAGGAGAUCAUUCUUCAGGUUGCCAACUGCAACAAAGACAGCAUCUUGUUGAGGCCUUUCAUAAACAGUGAAUUUCCAGAGCACCAAGCUGUGAUGAUGUCCUUUGUUAGUUUGAUCAGAUGCUGCUGGUCUGAAAACCCUACAGAACGUCCAACUGUAAAGAGAGUUUUAAAUACCAUGAAGCGGCUCAGCCCAUUAAAAAUGACUGGAGUACUAGACAACAUGUUAGCACUAAUGGAAAGAUAUUCUACAAGACUGGAAGAUCUUGUGUCAGAAAGAACUAUUCAAUUAGAAGAAGAAAAAAGAAAGACAGAAACUUUAUUAUACAGAAUGUUGCCCAGAAAGGUGGCAGAUGAUCUCAAAGCUGGCCAACAUGUGCAGGCUGAAGCCUUUCAAGAUGUCACAAUCUAUUUCUCAGACAUUGUUGGUUUUACUACUCUGGCAGGGGAGAGUACACCAAUGGAGAUUGUAGAAAUGUUGAAUCUUCUUUACAGCCAGUUUGAUAAUAUUAUUCAAAACUUUAAUGUGUAUAAAGUAGAAACAAUUGGUGAUGCCUACAUGACAGUAUGUGGAUGUCCAGAACCAAAUUCAGAACACGCCCCAGUAAUGGCUGACAUGUCCUUAGCUCUCCUAGACUCAGUCAUACAUUUUGUGAUACCCCAUCGUCCCAAUAAUCAGCUAAGGAUAAGAAUUGGUUUAAACUCUGGACCAGUAGUAGCAGGAGUAGUAGGCAAUACCAUGCCUCGCUACUGUCUCUUUGGCAACACAGUCAACCUAGCUUCAAGAAUGGAAUCUCAAGGAAUGCCUCAAUGUAUUCAAAUAAGUUACUUCACAUAUGAGCUGUUGAAAAAAUAUCCAGAUUUUAUAAUGGUUCCUAGAGGCUUAGUAGAAAUUAAGGGUAAAGGUAAAAUGCCGACAUAUUGGCUUAAAGGCCGAUGCUCUACCAUGCAACUCCACCUGGAGACAGAUGACAUUUCCAGGCUGGCCAAUGGUGUAAGCCCCAUCCCUCCCAAGGAAGACAAUGACAAGCCAAACAUUGGUGCUAGCAGCAUCGCCUUUCAGUCUCAAGAAAACAGAACAGCCAACCAGAUUCAGCCAACAAGUCAUGAAAACAAUCCAGUAUUGCCUGUUGCAGCUCAGCUGAAUGACUGUACACCACCUCACAUAACAACUUUGGAUAAGGUUAACAAUAGCACUGAGCAAUGGUCUCCCAUGUCCUGCCACAAGAAACUCUGGGAUAGUGACACCCAGCAAACAUCACAAAAAAUUGUGGAUGAUGCUAGAAACAGUGACCAGUUCUGGGCAGACCAAUUCAGAAACAAAAUGAGCUCUACAGGAAAAUUGGAUGGCUCAAACAGUAAACAAUGUUCAUCUUCUUCAGCUUCCCAUGAUGCACCCAUUAAAGGGGAAACUUUGACUAAAAACUAUUCCGUUCUAAGUUUUGAAAGCAACAACAGUUUCACCAAGUUCUCACCCUAUGAAAGAUCUUUAGACUAUGAAAGUGACAUUUUUGAGCUGUCCCCUCACAGCUUUAAUUCACUCAAUACUGCAAGUCCACUAUCCCUGAACGAGUUGCCUUUUAGAACCUACACUUCAUCGUGUAAUUUGCCAACAAGUUUGACAAACCACCACACAAACCCCCAUAAGUCUCAUGAGCAUUCAACAAAGAUACAUUCAAAACCUAUCUCACACUAUCACUUCAACCCAGGAAAAGUCAGUGCUAGCCAAAACUCACCUUUAGCUAAUUUGUUCUCAACACAUAAUGUGAAUUCCAACAUGGAAAGUAAGCACAGAAAACAAGAUUCAGAAAAAAAAGCAUUGGUAUCUAAAUCUGAUUCUGGAAAUGAUAAGCAUGUGACACAUUCACCAAGAGAUGAUCUAUCCAAUCGAACUGUUGUUAUGUACUCCCCAACAACAAGCCCUAGCAAAAAAAGUCCAAUUCGUUAUAUUGCUGCAAAAGAACAGACUUUAAAAAAUCACAUUACCAAAUCAGAUUGUACCAAUGGGUUUGACUUGGAAGACUCCGACAGUGGGGAAAGUGUUGACUUGGCUAAAACCUUCAACUCAGUCGAUGCUAAGAAUUCCAAGUCUAAAAAGGAGUCACACUCCCCACCUCGGCACACCCCCCAAAUACAAUGCCACAGCCCAACAAAGAAACCCCUAGAUAGGCUGGGUCAUCAUUCCUCUGACAAAAACCGGUUAUUAAAUAUGCAUUGGACUGACAAUUUGCAGUCUACAACCUGUGACAUUUGAACUUUAUCAUGCCUUCUCUUAUUGGUGUCUUUUUUUUUUUACACUAUUGCUUUAAUUUCAAAAUGACUUUAAGGCAAUGCUUUCAUUUAUAACCAUCAUACACAUUAAAAUAUUAAAGAUUUCUGUAAAUGUUGAUUAAAUUUCAAAUAAUUUCAUGCUUUAUUUAAUAUCAUUCCAUUUAUAAUAAAUUUGUGUAUAUAUUUAGUGCAUAUUUCAUAGUCCUAUUGAUAUUUUCAUAAAGGCCUUGAAAAAUCCAAAAUAAUACAAAUUAUGACAACCUAUUUGUUGAUAGACUUUGUUGUUUUAAAAAUUUUCUUUUUCUGUGAUCUACAAUUGUUUAUACCAUCCUUUGUAUAUGAGCUGAUAUAAUGUAAAGUCUUUUUGUUUUUAUAAAUAAAUGAUGAGAUUUUGUAUAUAAUAUUAUCUCUAAUGGAUUCACUGGCACACAGCAGUGAAAUGAAAUUUAAAAAAAAAAAAUAGAAAUUUCAGUAUUUCAUAUGCCCAAAGUGAUAGAUACUCAUGUUCUAAGAUUUAAAUUGUGAAAGAAGUUCUGUUGUGAUUGAAUAUGAAAUAUUCUUAGCACAGUUUGAUAUAAAAGGAAGUGGAUAGAGGUAGACAAGAGAAAAGAGUGAAAAACUGAAAGUGAUUAAGUCACACUUAUCAUGAAAUGUAGGUCCAUAUGUUUUCCAUCUAACAAAGUGAUACAGCUAUGUUUUUUAAAAAUGUAUUUCCUAAUUAUUAAGCUGCAUAUCUGGAUCUAAAUAUUGGAUACAACAACUGGUAGUCGAGAGUUAGUAGGCCCUAUUUUAAAAAAAAAAGCAAAAAACAUUUUCCCACAUGCUGAAAACAUAAUUAAAAUUGUAUUUUACCAUGUAAAGAAAAGUCACCACUUCAUCAGAAAAAAAGAAGAAAUGUUUUAAAAAUUUUCAUUUAAGUGCACUAAACAGUGAACAUUUGAUGACUGCCUGCCCUUUAGAACUGUCAUCACAAUGGCACUGAGUUUGAAUCCUGUUCUUUGCUUUAGCUUGCCAUCCUGCAGGAGGAUGGGGCUAGGAAGUACCAAUCCAAUCGUUUUUACUUCAGUAAUUAGGGAACAUAAAAUAGAUUUAAAUAUAGUGUUGAUCAUUUAAUAGCUAUAAAAACUAUGUGCUCUACACUUUGGUGGACAAACUACAUGUAAUGGUUUCCCUUUUUUAUUGCUGAUAAAGCAUUAUGUAUAGAUGUUUUACUUUCUAAAUCAAAAGUUUUUGUUUUUUUUCUUUUUGAGCCUCCAAUUUUCCUCUGUGCUAUGAAAGUCAACAAUAGGAGACAAAAAAAGACUUAGUGUAUAGUUUAAUUUCAGUAGCAUUUAGAGUGUAUGGAAUGUUGAAGUGCUGUGACUGUAAAACAAAAUGUGUUGAUUGUACUUAAGCAAUCAGUCAUGUGAAAAAUCAGUCAUAUGAGAAGUGUUUUUUUUUUCUACUGUUGAGAUGAAUCUUGUUGAAAAGAGCCAAGAAAUUGUUAGUUCUAUUGGUGUUGUUUUACUACAGAGAGGGAGUGUCUGCCAAUACAACUUACCUAAACAUUCUUUACUGCACAACCACUGUAGUAAUCUGGGCUCAUUUUGGACGGACACAUUGAUUUGGGCAGGCAGAACAAGGCAUACACACCAAAGGAUUUGUAUUCUAAUAACAAAAUGAUGUAUAACUUAAUUUGUUCAUUUUUAUAACUUCAUAGAAUCCUAACAGUGUUAGAAACAGUCCAGUAUAAUUUGUAGAUAUAAAAUGACUAGAUGCAUGAUGUGUAGGACGUAAUCAUGUUAUUUUUGAAGUUAGGCCUGUAUUAUUUAAGAUAUGAAGAUAAAAUCCAGUCUCCUGAAUUUGCAUGAAGAAUAAGGAACUUAACCAAAAGUAAACGGAAAAAUUUGAUGAUAUAAAGUUCAAAUUGUUCAAAAUUUUAAAAACCUAAAUUUGAAAUUGUAGGCCAUUAAAGUUGACAUUCUUCUACAGUCUGAACAUUUUAAAGACUUAAAAACAAAAAAAAAUUGAAAAGUAGAAAUUUGACAUGAGACUAAAACAAACUUUUAAACUGUGGCUCCUCUGACUAUCAUUGUAAAUGUUCAUUUGCAUUAAAAUUCAGGAAAUUAAUGAGCGCACCCUUCAAAACUUGAAGAUUAAUGGGAUAGGUAAUGUAAGAUUGAUCUAAUUCCUUGGCUAACUUGAUAUCCUUGACUAAAACAUUAAAAGAUUUUUUUCAACAAGUACCUGAGCUGGGAAGAUUUCCAGUGAAACAUUCAGUUUCUUCUAAUCUAUGGAGUUGAUUAUAACAUAUGCUAAUCCCUUCUUUUAACUUCUAAUGAACCAAUAAGAGCCUUUUUUUUGCCAAAGUGGAAUUUAUUAUGUUAUUCCUUUUUUUCUGCUUUUCUAUAUGUGAUGCACUUUUCAAAUUACUGUCAAACCUCAGCCUGAGCUCAGUUUGUUUAAUAUAUCUGGUGUUUGGCAUAAUUAAUUAUAUUAAGGUCAAAUUAGACUGAUUAUUUUGGAUUUAAAAACAGAACUUAAGAAGACUUUGUGUUGUUUGAAGCAGAAGGCUUAUUUUUUUUCAGCAGAAUCUAGUAAUUCCAUGAUUACGCAUACAUGUUAUUAAUGUUACAUUUUUCAACAUUUGUCCUUGUGUGUAUAAGUAUUUGCAUAGCUAAAGUUAUUUACAUAAUGUCUAUAUUUCUACACCAUAUGGCCCAAUUUGUUAUAUAACAGAAUAAAAGACAGUAUGGUGCUUUAA